AUGAGCGCUUCAACACCCAACUAUAUGAAAGAUUAUGAUGAUAUAUAUUCUAUAGAUGAGGAGCAAUCUAGACCUGCUGAAUCACUUGCACAUAAAACAAAAAAGCGAAAAAAACAUGAUAAUCCUAGCAUCGCGUGGGAAUAUUUUAAAGUUGAGACAACGGAGAAAGGCGAUUUUGAUGUUUGUCAAAUCUGUAAAGAAAAAAACAUAAAUGUUAAGUAUGUACAUGACUCUUCAACAGGAAAUAUGCUUAGCCAUCUUUGGUCUAAGCAUAGAAUCGAUAAAGGCCACUCUGAAGAAGCAAACAAUAAUGGUUCAAUCAUCAAAGCUAUGCAUCAACUGUUAGAUAGUCUUAUCCUAUUGUUAAAACCAUUUUAUGAGGCUACCAAUAUAUUUUCUGGCUCUAGCUAUCCCACUCUUAAUCUUAUUUAUCCAACAAUGAGAUUGCUUAUUAAAAAAUUUGAACCUUCUUAUGAACAAACUGAAGAGGAUUACGCUGAAUUAUUAUUUGGACCUAUUGUUAUCAGCCAAAGUCAAUUAACCGAUAAUGAAGAUUCUGAUGAAUUAGAUAUAGAAAAUGAAUUUGAUAUACUAAUAGUUUCAGAACAACUUCGUCAACCAUUACAACCCUCUGUUACUUCUGAAGAAUUAUGUGAUUUAGUUAAGGCUGCAAGUUAUCUUUCCCUCCAAGAGUACUGGGAAGUUCCUGAAGAAGUUGGACUUAUAGCAUCAUUCUUGGAUCCAAGAAUUAAAAAUUUGAGGUUUCUUAAUAACGAAACACUGAAGACAACCAUAAUUAAUAAAGUGCGAAUACUUUGUAAUGAGGAAGACCAAACUUCAGCUAGACCUGAUAAAUCGACUAGUAUAUUAACUUCUGAACCCACAACAAACAAUGACUUGAUUGCAGCUUUAUAUAGUAGUAAAGAGCCUGAUGAUAAAACUCAUAAUAAAAAUAAAGUUGACCAUUAUCUUCGUGAACCUAUUGAAAAAAUGGGCUCUCGAAAAUAUCUGUCAGUGCCAGCAACAUCGGUUCCCUUGGAAAGAUUAUUUUCAGACGCAGGAUUACUUAUCACAGCAUUACGUAACAGGCUUCAUCCAGAUAUGGUCGAGCAAAUGAUGUUUCUCAAAC